GGAUAAUUUAUUUCUAUUUCAGUGAAUCUACCUAAGCCACCUACAGCAAUGAUGAGUAGAACCCCAUUAGCUUAAAACAAAGAUUCAGGUGAAUCAAGAGGAAAGGUUUGUAAUAGGCCAAGCAGGCAUAGUCGAAGCCCAUCUUAUAGUCCACUGCAUGGCUCAGUGUGAUUAUGGCGGUCCAGGUCACGAAAUACAAGUCCUUCCCGACAUGGCUCUGACAGAUCAUGGCGGUCAAGGUCCAGGAGCCGAAGUCAGUCAUUUCGUGAGCAUACAUGGAGGAUGUCCUCAAGACCUCGGCAAUACUCAAGAUCAAGGAGCAGAAGCCCCUCCUUCAGCCAAAGAUAUAUCAACCGUUCAAGGUCCAAAAGUCCAUUUCAGACAAGAAAUAGAAACUCCUCAUUUCCAAUAUCUACAUCUCGUUUUCAAAAGAGAGUUUUGUACUUGCUGACUUCUAUAAGAGAUGGAAUGUCUACAGGUCUCAAACAAGUCGGGAGGUAUGAAGUUGAACAAGUUUCAUUCGUUAGAUGAUUUUCAAGAAUUCGAGGAGGAAAUACAGGACACUGAAAAAUUUGCUAGCCUGAAGCUGUCCCUGUCUAAAAUUGGUGGAGUGACUGCGGUCGACCACACAAGGAAGGCAAUGGAUAGGAUGCUACACAACAGCCUGAUGGCCAAAAUGAAUAUGAAGGGAAAGAAAGGAAAGUUUCCAUUUGGGAAAACCCAACUCUUUCAAGCCAUCAUAGAGACUGUAAGAGAUAGUCAUUCAAACGUUACUGAGGUAACAAUAAAGGAUGCGAUAAUGAAGCAGUUAAAAUAUGCGCCAGAACGAGCUGGAGGAGGGGGGAGGAAAAUGCAAACAGGAAAUCAAAAUUGAAAUAGUGAAAUACAGAAUCAAGACUGA